CCUGCGCCUUUGGUCCAAAGAAAGACUUUCGGUGGACCAAAGGCCGCCUUUGGCCCAAAGAUCGUCUUUGGUGUUGGUCCAAAGAUCGUCUUUGGUCCGAAGUCCAUAGGUCUUUGGUCCAUGUGUCUCUGGUCCAAGGUCUUGCCUCUUUCGGUGGGAGGUCUUUCUUCGGCUGUUUCUCUUUGGACUUCUCUCCGCAGCUUGCGCCCCUACCCCCGUCGGGCAUUUUUCUGGCUUCUUUUCUGGUAGUCUGCCACGGGGCAGCAACGUAAAUUCCAAAAAGAAAACGGCCGGAGCUUAUCGGGCUUGAGAGUGAGGGGAAAGGGUCGGAAGCUAUGGGCAAUAGCUUCGCCUAAGGAGGUGGUUAAACUCCGGCGGGUGUCUCCGGUGGGUUAGGCGGCGAUCAAUGGCGAGAUUAAUCGUAUGGAUUUUUUUUGUUAUGUUUUUGAUCUAUCACCUCAUAAUGAUUAUUCACAUGAUCAAAGGAAAAUGAACAGUGAAUGUAUGUUGUCGUGAUGUUGAUAGAAGUACUGCCGCACCACGACUAGUCCUAGUUGGACGAGUCAUCACGUCUAGGGUCAAGCGUAUGAGGCGGCUCGAACACGACCCGUGUGGCUUACCUGAGGAUGAGUUCCAGACGAGGACGAUCUUCUACAAGUUCGUUGCACAUAGAUAGAGAUGGGCACCUGCUCUCUUUAUAAUCAGCGCAGUUUAUAGCACGCAUGGCGCAUGGAGCAGCAUGGAGCGCAGAUCCAUAAGGGACGCAAGAGGCGCCCCCUUUAGCUCCAUGCUACUCCAUGCGAUCCAUGCACUCCACUCCAUGCCAUGCGAGCUGCCAAACCUUACGAGUUGUUCUGUUAGCUGAAGCCUGAAGUCUCUGCUUUUCGUUACCCCAGCGAAUUUAUGGCGCACUUCGUGACUGUUGCCAUUUCUUCCCGUGCGGUUUCGCUUAACGCCUCUUUUAUUUGUUAUGCUCAUUCAUUUGUGAUUUUGACAAAAACUGCCAGUGGAGUACUGUGUUGAGAAUGGACACUGCUUCUCCGAGUCAUAAUAAAGCUGAACGAUAGAUUCUAAGGCUGAGGCCUCCUCCCAUCUGGUGGAGUACCUGGCUCUGUCGGUCGGAAAAGGAAGACCGCUGUAACUGUUGGUGCAUUCUGUUCAAGGAGAUACUCUUUCAACACUUCAUCUUGAGCGAGAUACUAAG